AUGAGGAUGGAGGAACAUGAGUCAAUUGCUGACUUUAGCUCGAAACUUAGCUCACUCGUUCAAGAGUCCCGUACCCUGGGAAAGGUAUACAAGGAUGCUAAGUUAGUGAAGAAACUUCUUCGGUGUCUUCCAGACAAAUUCACAGCAUACAAGGCUGGGCUAAGUGCAAACCUAUCUUUGAGACGAUCUCUACGACGAGAUGGUGGGAAACUGCAGCUACACGAACUGGAACUAGGAGGUGUCAAAAAGGCUAAGGGUAUUGCACUCAUAUCAACGGAGAAACAGUCGGAAGAAGAGCCUGAAGAAGACAGUAUCAGUCUCUUGGUACGUCGCUUUGACAGAGUCUGA